CGUAAAGGACUAAAAGAAAUAUGAAGUUUGUUCUCUUGAAAAUUACUAACGUAGCUGGUUGAUAUAGUGAUGUACACACAAUGCAAAUUGAUUAGUCGAUUGAUUUGUCUAGUGUUGACGUUGACCGUUUCAAUGGCUACAACGAAGAGAACCUUUUCAACAAUGAAAAUGUGAAAGUUGAUUUGCGCAACAAAAUGAGCGAUGAAUUUCUCGUCGAUUGCUUAACUAUUUUAUUUGAAAUAAAGUAUGUUACCUGGGCUGGUAUGGAUGUAGACUCUAUUGUUGAUGCAUAUGCUAUAUUAAAUGACUAUUUGUACAAUUAACAUUGUAAAAAAACUAUGAAUAUUAUUUUUUGUACGAUAUCUAAUUUUCUAAUGAAAUGCUGCUCAGUGCUCUUCUAUGUUGUGGAUCUGUCGCCGUAAGUAUGCCACUAUUGCCGGUGCAAUCCUGAGUGCGCUCAAAUGUUAGCAAGUUCGUUUAUAUAUUCUCAAAGCUUGAAUAUGUGUUAGGUGUUACCUGUAAAUUUUGCGGGAAGUAAGCAGCAUAGUUGUAGAAUUAAUAUUGUAGUAUUGUACUACUCCUGGAAGUAUGGUUGCAUUGAAAUUUUUUCCGAAAAGCCUCAAAUUUUAACGAGUUAAUAAAAAUCGACAACAAUUACCGGAAAAAAUAUAGUAGAAUGGCAUUUACAUUUUUUUAUUUUUGUAAAAUGCAAUAAUUCAUCAUAUUAAUCCAAUUUUUUUUAUUAUCUAUUCGUGGAAAUACUGCUCUCUCCGUUGGUCGGUCACCAGCCAAACAACACCGUCCGGUUUGUCCGAGAGCAGAGCCCCCGUCAAGAGAUCAGCGACCUAAUCCUCUCAAUUGCGAAUAGUGGCCCCUGUCACCGUCAGUGUUCCCGAGAGCAACCGAGGACGCCAAAGUCGCAUCCUUUUCUCAUAUUCACCAUCCGCUUUCUUCGUCCUUCAGCCGGCGUUCCCACAAUUCCACCAUAUGCAGAGUCAUGGAGGGCUUUCCUUCGGUUUCGUACCCAAAGCGACGUGUACACCUCCGUUCAGGUAAUUUUCCGUAUGCUUCCUCUCCAGCAAUCCCCGAGGGAGUCACCAGUAUUUUGGGUAGAAUAAAGUUCGCGACUUGAAUCGUUUAGUCUGUUGAUAUCUUUGUUUCUAGUAACUACAACAAUGGAUACUUUUUCAGCAAAGAUUAUCUUGAAUCCUUAAAGUUGUUCGAGCUAAUCAAAAGUUUCAUACAGUAGCAUCUCCUCUUUGCUUCGAGCCUGAAAUUUGGGCAUUUCUUGCUGGAAUUUCUAUGUGCUGGAUGUUGAACAAUGCUUGCAAUUGGGUUGUGGCAAUGUUAUUAGUUGACUAUUUUUCUUGUGGGAUUUUUUUUUAUAUAAGAUGAGUUUGAUGAUUUGUUCAUCUUUUCCCAGAGCAUGUAUGGGUGUUCCAGUUUCAAAUGCUUCCAGAAUCUCGUCACAUUUCCAUGGUAAAGGAGGGAUACUGUCUGGAAUUCAUGAGAAGCAGUACAAGAUCAGAAGCCAAAGUUUUUCUCAACAAGCUUUAAAUAAGAGCACAUCAGGCGAAAUUGUUAAUGGGAAAGACGACAAUGAUGUGUCUAGAGGAGCAUUGAUAUGGAGGGCAAUCAAAUUACCCAUUUAUUCUGUUGCUUUAGUUCCUCUCACAGUUGGUGGUGGUGCGGCUUAUUUGCAGACGGGCGUGUUUUCUGCAGAACGCUUUUUCACUCUCUUGAUUUCUUCAGUCCUCAUCAUAACGUGGCUCAAUUUAAGCAACGAUGUAUAUGAUUUUGAUACAGGAGCAGACAAGAACAAGAAAGAAUCAGUUGUUAACUUGCUUGGAAGCCGUUCAGGAGCCUUCACUGCAUCUUACACUUGCCUCAUUGUCGGUUUCGUGGGAAUUACGUGGAUAUCUGUGAGCUCAGGAAGCAUACGUGCAAACUUGUUAUUGACUUGGGCGAUUAUCUGUGGCUACAUAUAUCAGUGCCCUCCUUUCCGGUUAAGUUACCAAGGACUUGGUGAGCCCUUGUGCUUUGCAGCAUUUGGCCCAUUUGCCAGCACUGCAUUUUAUUUAUUGCUGCGAAUCACAAGUGGGCCACACAAUUUUCAGUUAACUUCAACAGUUCUCUCAGCAUCGCUUCUCGUUGGAUUCACGACAACCUUAAUCCUUUUCUGUAGUCACUUCCACCAGGUCGAAGAAGAUAAAUCUGUUGGCAAACUAUCACCCUUGGUUAGACUUGGCACCAAAAGAGGCGCAAUACUAGUUAAAGGAGCCAUUGUGGCUCUGUACUCUCUCUUGGUUGCUUUUGGCAUUAGUGGAGCUCUUCCUUUGACUUGCAUUCUACUCUCUGCCCUGACCUUACCAAUGGGGAUUAAAGUAGUCAGAUUCGUUGAAGAAAACCACAAUGACAAGGGGAGAAUUUUUAUGGCAAAAUAUUACUGUGUGAGACUCCAUGCCUUGCUCGGGGCGGCUUUGACAGCAGGCCUAGUGCUGGCUAGGACGAUCACAAAGGGAUAUGUGCCAAAGCCGAUAUUCUCUUGAAUUUCACUCCAAGCAACGAUUUUCCCUUAGUUCGCAAUACGAACCAGGGGUUGGGUUCUGCUGGUAAAUAGUGGGCGAAUUCCCCACAUUCUUGCAAAGAACAGAAAUCCCCUUUGCUGCAAAGUGCCGUUAUUGUUUGUGCAGCUUCGAUUCCUUUGUUGCAUCCACAACUGAUCAGCGCGAAGAAAGCAUAGACUCCUCCUCCGCACUAGAUCGCGUAAUGGGCACUGGUUGGAAAAAGGCAGCAGCAUCAACGUGUGGGGAUGAAAUUAUGAUUCUGCACCAGAUCCAGUAACACACAUCAGCCUCAAAGCCAGUACAUCAGAAAGUCGUUUUUGGGAGCUAGUGGUUUGUGGGGAAACCCAAUGUUACAUAGUUGGAGUAUCGUGCAAUUUCAGGGCCAUAUCUUGUUAAUGAAAUUGUGCCCAAUAUGGCAAGUUAAUAAGGCGAGUUUGUUACGAUGCAAUAACUAGCAUGUGGCUCUGUCAUCUUUUUUUCCUUCCCGGUUAAGCUCGAAAGAACAAUGGCGUGGUGGCGGUGUAACACCUAAGAAAAGCGAAUUCCAAUG